CUCUCCCUGGUUGCGAUGGAGUCGGUGCGGGCGGCGCGGCUGCAGCCGGGGCUGGGCUCGCUGUGCUCCCUGCGCCCGGGGGUUACCGGUGCCCCGGCCCCGCCGCCCGGCGCAGGGGCAGCGCUGCCCGCAGCGGCUCCUGGGCUAGGACUGGGGCUGCCGCCGCCGCCGCCCCCGCUGGGGCUGCAGGGACCCGCCGCGCCGCCGCUGCCGGGCUGCGGGCCGCCCGCUGUGCUGCGGGAGGCGGUGGAGGCCGUGGUGAGGAGCUUCGCCAAGCACACGCAGGGCUACGGCCGCGUGAACGUCGUGGAGGCCCUUCAGGAGUUCUGGCAGAUGAAGCAGUCCCGUGGCGCCGACCUGAAGAACGGAGCCCUCGUGGUGUACGAGAUGGUCCCUUCCAACAGCCCCCCUUACGUCUGCUAUGUCACCCUGCCCGGGGGCAGCUGCUUCGGCAGCUUCCAGUUCUGUCCCACCAAGGCUGAAGCCCGGAGGAGCGCUGCCAAGAUCGCGCUGAUGAAUUCCGUGUUCAAUGAGCACCCUUCCCGACGGAUCACGGAUGAGUUCAUUGAGAAGAGCGUUUCCGAGGCUCUGGCAUCCUUCAACGGCAAUCGAGAGGAAGCUGAUAAUCCCAACACCGGGAUCGGUGCCUUCCGCUUCAUGCUGGAAUCUAACAAGGGGAAAUCGAUGCUGGAGUUCCAGGAGCUGAUGACAGUGUUCCAGUUGCUGCAUUGGAACGGCAGCCUCAAAGCCAUGCGGGAGAGGCAGUGCUCACGGCAGGAGGUCCUGGCUCACUAUUCCCACCGUGCUCUGGACGAUGACAUAAGGAACCAGAUGGCCAUGGACUGGGUGAACCGGGAGCAGAGCAGCCCAGGGGCUCUUUCCAGGGAGCUGGCAUCCACGGAGCGGGAGCUGGAUGAAGCCCGCCUGGCCGGGAAGGAGCUGCGCUUCCAUAAGGAGAAGAAAGACAUCCUGAUGCUGGCUGCUGGCCAGCUGGGAAGCACACACUCCUCCAGCUGCUAGGCUCCAGUGCUGGCAUCCCAAUUCCCAAAGGGAUCCAGCCCUAACGCAUGUUCCCAACUUCCAGCCUGUUUGCACAGUUGAGAGGAAUUGGAAAGGGAAAAGCUCUUUUAGAGAUCUCAAAA